AUGCAACCCUAUCCAGCCCAACACCAGGCGGAUACCGACACCCACUCACAUCGCGGUCCAUUGAGCAGAACAUGGCCGCAAUUGUUCAAGAAGAGAAGGAGAUACAGUCCCGUACGCGAAAGCGCGCAGUCACAAGCACAUCCUGUGCAACGAGUUCAACAAGCCCAGCAACCACCACCACAGCAACAACAACAAUAUGUCCAGAUGCAACCACAACCACAACCACCACCACAGCCGCAGAUUCAGACAUCUGUCCCAAUUCGGCCAAUCAAGCGUCCCUCUGUUUCGAGCCAGAGUAUCCGCAGCCCAAGUCUGGCAGCUGACACCGCAAGUACGAUAUCCACAAUCAGCGAGGUAUCGACCCAGCCACCACAACCAACAAAGCGUGUGCCAAUCGCUCGCCGCACAUCCUCGAUAGCAACGACAGACAGCAACGCAGCAGGCGGCGUAACAACCCCGCAAGCCGACCUCCUGGCCUCGAAAUCAAACUACGAGCUCAUCUCGUCAGGCCAGCAUCUCGAAAUGGGCAUGCACUUCAGCACCGCCAUGGCGACGGGCGUCAUGAUGAAGCGCGCCACGCACCGCGCGGCUGAGCAAGCGCGGCGCGACCGCAUGAAAACCGCAAUGGUGGACCUCGCCGAGUUCCUGCUGGACGGCGAAGUUACGUUUGGGAGUGGGACGACGUGUUUUGUCGUUAUGCGAGGCGAUGGGAAAGAAGGCGGUGCUGAUGGGGAUAAGGGGAGUAUCUUCAGUGAGACGAGUGGGAUGAGCGGCUUGUCUGGGUUGAGUGAGGGGAGUGGGAAGGGGAAGCCGGGGGAGAAGAAGACAGUGAAUAAAGCGAGGUUGAUUGAGAUGGCGCUUGAGAAGAUGAGGGCGCAGGAGAAGGAAAUCGGGCUGUUGAGGAAGGAGAUUGAGGAUUUGAGAUGUGGGGAUAAAAUGGAUGAGACCUGA